AUGGCGAAAACAAGAAUUAGAUCAGAUAUUGAUUUGAAAAGAAUGGACAAGCAGCUUGAGAGACAGUUAGAUCGAAUGUUUAGCGAUCAUAAGGGUUGUGAAGAAUCGAAGAAAGUCGAAGUCAUCACCAACAAAGAAGAAUGGAAAUUGGAUCCUAACAAGAAGUUAAAAGUCAACAAUCUUAUUGGACAAGGAGCAUAUGGAUCAGUUUACAAAGGUCUUUAUGAUGGAAAAGAAGUUGCAGUUAAAAUACUUGAUAUGAGCAAUGAAAAAAGAAGGGCUGUAAUAACAAAGGCUUUUACGCAAGAAGUUUCCAUAUGGUACAAGCUAGAUCACCCAAACAUCGCAAAGAUAAUCGGAGCUUCAAAGAGGUUGCCCCAAGUUAAACCUAAUGGCUUGGUGACUCCGUGUAAUUCUAAUGCGAUAAAUCAUUCAUUGAGAAAACAAUCAUUUGGCUAUGCUGAAGGAUAUUGCAUCGUGGUUGAAUAUGUCUCGGGAGGCACUCUUACAUCACAUCUCUUAAAACACAGUAUCAAAAGGUUGCCACUGAAUUCUGUAAUUCAACUAGCAUUAGAUGUCGCAAGAGGGUUGAGUUACCUUCACUCUAAGAAAAUAGUUCACAGAGAUAUAAAGAGUUGGAAUUUACUUGUGGACAAGAAAGGAAGAGCGAAAAUAAUAGACUUUGGAGUUUCUAGAGUUGAGGCUUCAUGUCCUAUUGACAUGACUGCCCAAACUGGCACCGUGGGGUACAUGGCUCCUGAGGUUCUUGCUGGUCUGCCAUAUGAUCAUAAAUGUGACGUCUAUAGUUUUGGAAUUUGUUUGUGGGAGAUAUAUUGUUGUUCAAUUGCGUAUCCUAGCCAAAUUACUCUUUCUCAGACAUCUCCAACAAUCUACAAGAGUCGAAGGCCAGAAAUACCAAACUCUUGCCCAAGUGAUCUGGCCAAUAUAAUGAAGCAAUGUUGGGAUGCAAACCCAAAAAAGAGGCCAGAAAUGCAAGAAGUGGUGCUGAUGUUGGAAGCCAUCGACACAUCUGAAGCUGCACAAAAUGAGUCUCGAGGUUGUUUUUGCUUGACAAGACGGAAAGGAUUAUAA